GGCAGGUUCCCUGACUUUUGGACCAGCCUUUGAGAUAAUGGCAUGCACUGUUUUCUCCUAUAAAGAGCGGGCCAUCAGAUCACUGAUGGCUGACAAGGUUCUCCUUCUUUUGUUUCCUUAGAUUCAUCUUGACGCUAAAAUACUGUAUGAGCCCCUCAGCACCUUCCCAGGAAGAAAUCUUUACCGUGUUAUGCAUGCGCUGCCUGUCCCUUCUGAACAUGGCCCUGUUCCGUGGCAAAAAAGAGACUGCAGCAAAGUAUUCCAGCAUUCUGAACGACCACUUCAAGAGAUUUCCCACAAAAGCACCUUCUCCGUCUGUUGCAAGGAGCACAGGCAUGCCUUCUCCAUCAUUUCCAGUGCCGUCUGCUACCACUUCUCAGCGGGGAGCUGGUAACUGCAGUGGCAACAGUAUGUGCUCUUCAAGCACCGUCUCCUCCGAUAUCCCAGACAUCACCUAUUCCUACGUCAACAUCACUUCCUAUGUUCUCUCUGCGCUUAAUAAUUGGGAACGAGCUGAUGCACUGAUCCUGAAGAAUAAGGAGAAGAUUGCCAGCACAGAGCAGGGUGUGCGGCCUGAUGGCACCUCCCAGCAGCCUCAGAUAGGCUACAAGAGCCGUCUCCUCCCUGUGCAGGAGAAGGAGCAUG